AUGUCUGACCAGAAGGCAAAAUCUUCAGUUGAGGACUUGGGGGAUAAGAAGAGAGGAGAACAUAUUAAACUCAAAAUUACUGGACAGGAUAGCAGUGAGAUUCACUUCAAAGUGAAAAAUGAUGACAUAUCUCAAGAAACUCAAAGAAGCAACUGUCAAAGACAGGGAAUUCACAUGAAUUCAACCAGGUUUCUCUUUGAAGGCCAGAGCACUGGUGAUAAUCAUACUCCAAAAGACCUGGGAUUGAAGGGAUAA